AUGGCCUCAGACGAGUCCUACCUCGCCUUCCUCAACAAAGCCAACGAGGAUCCCUCCGUUGGCUACCCGCGCGACCGCCCCGAUCCGGCCACGCAAAAAGUCGGCGGCAACGGGUUCAAGACGCGCGACGAGGGGGUUGCCCUUCCGUCUCCGAUCGCCAAGCUGCUGGAUAAGGGGGAUAAGUUCUAUGUUAGCGAUGCGGAUGAGCCGUUUGAGGGGGUUGCGUUGAGGUUUGGGGAGGAGGUGCUUCCGGAUGAGGAAAAGUUCGCCUCCCUAAUCAACCACCCCAAUCCCGCCGACGCCGAGAUCGAGAUCUCUGACCCUGUGGACUGGGAUCGCAACGGACAGUAUACCGAUUUGAUCGAUGCGGUGACGGAGGCGAGCGAGGGGAGGGAUGUGAGGGUUUACCGAGUUGUUAAGGACAGUGUGCGGGUGGAGUACUGGGUUGUCAGCGUGAGUGCUGAUGGGAAGUUGUUGGUUGGUGUUAGGGCUUUGGCUGUUGAGAGUUAG